UUUAUGACUAUGAAUUGAUUACUCUCUCUCUCUCUCUCUUUCUAUUCAUGUGGCAGCAAAAGAUUGUGAUGAGGGUGGACAUGAAUUGCCAGAAGUGCCGCACCAAGGCACUCAAGGUUGUGGCUUCAGCAAACGGUGUUAAUUUUGUGGGAUUAGAGGGAGAAGAGAAAGACAAUUUGGUGGUGAUUGGAGAUGGCAUGGAUCCUGUAAAGUUAACCAAUUCUUUGAGGAAAAAGGUUGGCCAAACUCAUAUUAUCAGCUUAGCAGAGGUUAAAGCCGGUUAA